AUGCCUGAAUAUGAAUGGAGACAUAGACAUGAUUCUGUUUCUGUUACGCAUGACCGACUGGGUAGUGUAUCUCAAGAGGAGAACAUUCUACUUCAAAAUAAUGGUGUCAGAUCACAAAUUGUUGAUGCAACACUAAUGAGAUCUUUUCUUUGUGAUCAUGUGGAAGUAGUGGAGUUGACAACCAAUCUAAGACUUCUUACAGAAAGUCAUUCUGAUGAAAGAGAGUUUGCUAAUUACCUUCUUGAUGGGGGAAAUGGUAACAUUUCUGUUGAACAAAGCCUAGGUGAAUUCAAAAUCAAACUACCCAAUGACUCUUGUCUUGUAAGUGGUACGCUUUCAGAUCGAUGUGAUUUUGUAUAUGCUGACUUCAAAAAUAACUUUACAAACCCUGUGUGGCUUACAAAUUGCACCAUCGUUACUCCAAAAAAUGAAACAACACAAUUUGUGAAUGAUUUUCUAUUGAUCAGGAUCCCUGGUGAGCUAAAAAUAUACAGAACUUCAGAUACAGUUGAUAAUGAAACUCUGUAUCAAACCGAGUUCAUCAACAAGCUUAGACCAUUAGGGUUUCCACUACAUAUUCUCAAACUGAAGAAGAAACGAUGGCUAAUGCUUCUGAGAAAUUUAGAUGCUACUAAUGGACAUUGCAAUGGCACACACUACAUCAUUGUCAGUUUACAUGAUCAUGUUAUUGAGGCUGAGGUUGCUUCUGGUUCUUAUGCAGAAUCAACUCUACUAAUCCCAAGAAUACCACAUGUAACUCAAGAAAUGGAAUUUCCAUUUACAUUAGAAGCAAACAAUUUCCUGUCAAGCCAGCUUUUGCCUUGA